AUGCGCUUUAAAAGGGACGGACGGACCAGGCUCGCCCGGCUCCGGCUGGCUGCCUCUUUCUCCCAUCCCACCUCCUCUCUAUCCAUCCAUCUGCUGCCGUCCGCGGCACCUCCGCUGCUCCCACGGCUUCUGGAGGACAAUUCUUUGCUGUUUAGCUCAAAAGUAAAAAGGAUCCACUUUGGGGUCAACAGUGGUGCAACAAGGUUUGCCCUUGAGAACCAAGCUGUUAAUGAGGCUACCUUCCGGUGUCCAGAUGAGCUAGGAUGGAAACCUCAGAGGGUCCCUGUUGUGCCCUCUGAUGGAAGCAUCUUGCGAACGAGAGAGACUACCCUGCCAGUGAAUGAAUUGACCAAGUCGCUCCAGAAGAUAGGCUACGACGUGGUGCCCUCCGACGACGCUGGUCGGUUUGUAUGCAACUAUGUGUACUACCACUCUCUUCGGUUCGCGGAGCAACACGGCAUCAAAUCUCUGUUCGUGCAUGUGCCCCUCUUCCUGACGAUCGAUGAGGAGGUCCAGAUGCACUUUGCUGCUUCCCUCCUCGAAGUCCUUGCUUCCUUCACCAACUAG